AUGCUGCCCGCUCAUGUGUCACAGUUCUGCAUUGCUGCAGGGGAAGCAAUCCACCCCGUCGUGGCAGUGCAGCCAGCGAGCAAAGCCUGUGUACGGCUCAAGGUCAUGCAGCGCCUGCGCACCGCCGAGUCUUACAGACGGCGCAUGCGAAGCCGAGCCGACAAGCCGUUUUCACACCCGAUGGAGGCCUCGGCCCCAAACGCCAGCCAUACGGGCCGCCCGUGGCUGCAGCGCUUCGUCUUCCUGCGGUGCGUGGACGGUGGGUUUGCGGCGGCAGCCGCGGGGCGGCAGCGUGAUGAACAGGACUUUUGCCGUAUGAGAAGGUGA